AUGGAGGUACUGAAUCUGAAAUUCCCAGUUCAAUGGCAACUAUUAUUAAGUGUUUCUGAAGAUAAUCCAUCCGCAUUACAAUCCCGGUCGAACGCCACGUCCAAUACUCUAGACGUCCCUACCCCGACACCGACAAGCAGCCCUCGGAGCUCUUCCAAGCCCACGAUUUCCGACGGCGAUUCUAGUAACAGACGUACAGGGGAUAAUUUGAGCCCCUUGCAUGAUAUAAACAAGUCCAGUGCCUCGGUUCUGUGGCCUGAUCCCGGUGAAGAAGCAUUAUUCAAUAUCGAAAACAACCCAUUCGCCUUCUGCCCCGGCCAGUUGGCGAAGCUUAUAAAUCCAAAAAGUCUCGCCGCUUUCGUAGCCCUAGGAGGACUCCCCGGACUUGAAAAGGGCCUCCAGAGCCAUCGCCAAGGUGGCCUGAGCGUCGACGAGCGACAUGUUUCCAGCCCGAUCACAUUUGACCAGGCAACGUCGACUCUCCCAUCCCAUGGCUCCCCCACGCACAGCCAGCAUGAUCCGAAUCCACCGCCUGUUCUACCAAAGGAUGGACCAGACGCCGCCUUUGCCGACAGGAAGCGAGUCUUUGGCGAAAACCGGCUGCCAGAGCGAAAGUCAAAGUCGUUUCUUCAGCUAGCCUGGAUUGCGCUGCAAGACAGAGUGCUCAUACUUCUCUGCAUCGCGGCCGUCAUCUCUCUUGCUCUUGGGCUAUACCAAACAUUUGGUCAAACGGAGCAUCAAGGUGCCAAGGUCGAGUGGGUUGAAGGAGUGGCCAUCAUUGUCGCCAUUGCCAUUGUCGUUGUGGCCGGCGCGCUCAACGAUUGGCAGAAGGAGCGGCAAUUUCGAAAACUCAACGUGAAGAAGGAGGAUCGCCUUGUCAAGGUCAUCCGCUCCGGUAGACCUAUGACCAUCUCUGUUCAUGACGUGCUUGUCGGCGACGUCAUGCUCCUGGAACCAGGGGAUGUCGUUCCCGUGGACGGUGUCUUCAUCGACGGCCACAGUCUGAGUUGUGACGAGUCCCCGGCCACGGGGGAAUCAGACUUGGUCAAGAAGGUCCCGGCGGAGGAUGUUUCACAGGCUCUCCGUGAAGAAGCUCCAGAUACCAAAAAAUUGGAUCCGUUUGUCAUUUCUGGCUCCAAGGUUUUGGACGGAGUUGGCUCGUUCCUCAUCACAUCCGUGGGACCGAAUUCGAGUCACGGCCGGACCAUGAUGUCGCUGCAAGGAGACUCCGGACUCACGCCUUUACAGUCCAAGCUCAAUGUACUUGCCGGGUACAUUGCGAAGCUCGGCGGCGGAGCAGGCUGUCUGCUCUUCCUCGUGCUCCUGUUUGAGUUCCUAGCUAGAUUGCCCAGCAACCAGGAGUCUCCGGAGCAAAAGGGACAAGACUUCCUCCAGAUCCUCAUCACGUCCAUUACCAUCAUCGUCGUUGCGGUCCCCGAGGGCUUGCCGCUGGCGGUGACACUGUCGUUGGCGUUUGCCACGAAGCGCAUGACCAGGGAUAACAACCUCGUUCGCCAUCUUCAAUCGUGCGAAACAAUGGGAAACGCCACCGUCAUUUGCUCAGACAAGACGGGCACGUUGACGGAAAACGCCAUGACCGUGGUCUCGGGGGCACUCGGCGGUCGAGAGGGAUUGGUCUUUGGUCAUGGUGACCCGGUGCCCGAACCAGCCGGUGACGCACCAAUACAAACAAAAGAGCAAGAUAAGGGGCCACAAGUUGCGAGACAGCAGCAGACCUUGAUCCCUUUGGAACAGCUGUCGUCGAGGCUUGACGCCGAGUUUCAACAGCUCUUGAAGACGGCUGUGGCUGCCAACACGACCGCUUUCGAGCGCGAGGAGAAGGGUAAAAUGGUGUUUGUUGGGACGAAAACAGAGACGGCGCUGCUCGAUUGGGCUCGUCAUUGUUUUGGACUGGGACCAAUUCUUACCGAGCGUGCCAAUUGCCAACUUGAGCAGCUCUUCCCUUUCAACUCGCGGCGUAAAUGUAUGGGAGCCGUGAUCCGGCUGCCAGAAACUGAGAACCACAAGGACAAGACCACGUAUCGACUUUUUGUAAAAGGCGCGCCUGAAGUUGUGCUGGCGAAGUGUAGUGGCGUGAUGGAUGACUGGACCAAAGUUGCAUCUCGGGCACCGCUAUUGCAGGAUCAAAAGGAUGCCAUUCGAAGCGUGAUAGUCGGCUUUGCAGCGCAGUCGCUGCGGACUCUGGCUCUCGCGUACCGUGACCUCGAGCAGUGGCCGCCUCCCAGACCCCAGACAAAUGACACAGUGACUGGCAGUGGCGAUAUCACGCUGGAGGAUGUGCUUCAGGACAUGCUCUGGAUGGGCGUGGUAGGGAUUCGCGACCCCGUGAGACAAGGAGUUCCUGCUGCAGUCCAAGACUGUCGAACGGCAUCAGUCUCAGUCAAGAUGGUGACGGGCGACAAUGUCGAAACAGCCAGAGCAGUCGGCAGAGAAUGUGGCAUCUUGACGACGCGGCCACCAGAGCAAGGGUUGGUCAUGGAAGGCCAACAGUUCCGCCAACUACCUCACGACCAGAAAGUAACCGCGGCCAAGGAUAUCCGUGUCCUCGCCCGGUCUAGCCCAGACGAUAAACGCACUCUGGUCAAGCUGCUCAGAGACCAAGGCGAGAUUGUCGCCGUAACAGGAGACGGGACCAACGACGCGCCGGCCCUCAAAGCCGCCGACGUUGGGUUUGCCAUGGGCAUGACGGGGACCGAAGUGGCCAAGGAGGCUUCGGAUAUCAUCCUGAUGGAUGACAACUUUACGUCCAUCGUCAAGGCUCUCGGCUGGGGGCGCGCAAUCAACGACUCGGUCAAGAAAUUCCUACAGUUCCAACUCACCGUCAACAUCACAGCGGUCCUCGUCACCUUUGUCUCGGCCGUAUCUGACGGCAACGAGACGUCGGUCCUCAACGCCGUGCAGCUGCUCUGGGUGAACCUCAUCAUGGACACCUUUGCUGCCCUUGCCCUUGCGACCGACCCGCCGGCAGGAAGUAUUCUCCGCCGCAGGCCUGAGCCGCGGCGCGCCUCUCUCAUCACCCUGACCAUGUGGAAGAUGAUUAUUGGCCAGUCCGUCUACCAGCUGGUUGUCUGUUUCGUGCUGUGGUUUGCGGGUCCUGGUUUCCUAGGCUAUCCCGAGGCUCAGCUACGGACGCUGAUAUUCAACGUCUUCGUGUUUAUGCAGAUCUUCAAGCUGAUCAAUAGCCGGCGCAUUGAUAACCAGCUCAACAUAUUCGAGGGCCUGCACCGCAAUUGGCUGUUCAUGGUGAUGAUGUCCGUCAUGGUGGCGGGCCAGUUGGUCAUCAUCUACGUGGGCGGUGCGGCAUUUGUCGUCGUCCGGCUGACCGGGGAGCAAUGGGCCAUCUCGGUUGGCCUUGGUUUCGGCUCCAUCCCUGUGGGUAUUUUGAUACGGCUGCUUCCUGAUGCCAUUUUACGGAGCUGUGGCGACAGGAUGAGGGAGAAUUGGCCACGGUGGCUGCGUGUGCCGCUGAAGAGGAAGGGAAACGACAAAAAAGCGCCAUCUGCCAGCCCGGUGGGAUACAACUCCGUCUUUGCAGGUAUCAGGGAUGACCUCGACUUCCUGCGCAAGGUCAGGGGCGGUCGCAUCCGCGCCUUCAGUGAGGCAUUGGGGGUGCCUCAUGCGGUCAAGUCAUCGCAUCAUCAGCGACGAAAGCUCCAUCCUGGUACUAAGCCCGAAGAUAGGAGUAACUCGGUGGUUUCUUCAAAGUCGCAGCCGGUUUCACCCAUGUUUUCGGCUGUUGGAAUGCCUGGUAUCGUAGCUGCAAGUGUUGGUGGUCUAUUGCCGAUGGAACCUAGUUCGACUAGCCAGCAGCAGGACUGCUCUGGUGGAAAUGAACCAUCGACGAGGUGA